AUGGAUUGGAAGGCUGUGUUGGACUCUCAGCCGUCGGAGGAACAGGUGAAAAGCGUUUUGGAAGCUCUGGGGGCUGUUAAUUUGAAUGAGCCAACCCCUGAGCUUCUGGCGGCGUUUUCCACUUUGGUGAACCAGACAAUCUUUGAUCUCCCAGCACUGAGCUAUGAGGGGGUUUUCCAAAGCAUUACCGGCUUGGGCUGCAUCAUCUCUCAGUUGGGUAUUCUUAUGAACAGCGUGAACCAAUCUCCGAGGAUACCUGUGCUAGUCUCGCUGUUGGAGUCUGUAUUUGAUCGCCAAACCCUGAUCCGUGACCUUUGGAUAGCCAAGCCGAAUGAGGCACAGGCUAUUUUUGUUGGCUCGAGGCUGCUCUCUACGACAUCCAUGCUCAAAUCAGAUACCUGGGUGGCCGAUGGUAAACAGUAUUCUGCUUGGGUUGCGGCACAAUUGUUAGUUUUCGAUCCGCCGGCUCUACUGGUUGACAAAACUUUCAAAUUGGGGUACGCCAGGGAUGCAUUUUUGGCGUUUUUGGCCAGCCCGGAAAAGUUCAAACACUGUCUGCAUAGUAUGAGACCUGCACAGCAGCGGUAUGCAUUUGCCCAUGGAGGGUUCCCUAGCCUGGAAUACUUGACGGUCGAGUCGAGUGCUGCCAUUUUGAAAUACCUCGACCCCAGUAUUGAUUUAGUGGCUCUGGCCCAACAGUUUCCCUUGAGUCUUCGGCUGGCGUCAGCUUGCAUUGUCAAAGACUUUGUAGCGGUUACGAGAAAACUACUGAGUAGCUGGGGUGACCGGGCUGCUAUUCAAACGGUAAGUAUGGCAUACCAGGCUGCUCAGACACAAAUUCUAGUGAGCUUGGCAUGCCACAUGUCUGCUCAAGAUGCAAAAGUGAUUAUGGGCUCUAUGGAGUUUAUUUCAGCCAUCUCCCAUCGCUUGGAAAGCCUCUCUGAAAGAGCGCGGUCAAUGGGGACUCUAGUUGCCGAUAUGCUCAGUCAAAAAGCUGGUGAUAAACUCAAGUUUGCCAUGGAAAGUGGUGAGUGGAAUUUCCAAGUGUAUACCCCGAGACCCCUAGCAGAUGCAUUAGCUGAGUUGAAAGCACCAAAGCACCCUGAACUUGAGCUCACUCCUGCUCCUAUCACCGCUGAAAAAGGCAGCGAUGAUGAGGGCGGACCUGCUGGUGACAGUGAUGAUGAAGAAGACGAGAAACCCGUCGCACAGCCAGUGUAUAUCAAGACGCUACUGGAGUAUCUUUCCUCGGACAGUUAUGAACAAAUACAGAGUGGAUUGCAGUACGGUAGCCAACUGAUUUAUCGCAAAGCCGAUUUCGGUACUGAGGUUCACCAGUACGCACCGGAGCUCCUAGUGCUGCUGGCAGGGCUGGGCGACAAGUUCAAUAUUCGAAACUUUUCCGAAUUGCGCCAGCAAAUUAUGACGGCGAUCUUGGUUGUUGAUUACACGCAAGGCGAGCUUGUUGCCAAACUAGCUCUGACCGGUGAUCUUUCAUUGUUCCAGAGAAUGUCGCUAAUGUCUACUAUGGUGCUGGCGGCAAAAGAACUAUCAAACUAUGUUGAGCCAGAAGUGGCCGCAUCUAAAUUACUUCCUGAAGCCCAGCAUAAAACAUUUGCAAAAGAUAUCGAUUCUAUUGUAUACUCGUUGCAAGACCGACUCGUGCUGGACACGAAAGCGAAAAUGACGGAAGAGCUAGGAGGGCCACAGGUUCUCCGAGUAUCUAAAAAACUGCAAUUGCAGAAAGGGCCCUCUCGUGGUACCAACAAGUUCGCCAAAAUCGCCGCCAGGUACUUUUUCUUCCCGUUGGCUGCACAUCGUCCUCGAAGGGCAGGCGACUACACACCUAUGAUCUUGGGCCAUUUGCUCAAAACGUUGGGGCUUUUAAUUUAUUAUGCAUACCCAAGCAACGACAUGCCUGAUAUAGUAUCCGAGCUUCUGGAUAUGCUGGUCGUUCUGUCGGGAACCGAACCAGUGCUAAUCGAAGCUGCGUACACGGCCCUGCUUGUGUUGUGCGACGUCGCCGGUGGCAUACUUGUAUCCAGAUACCCGCAGAAGCUCGCUGCUCUCUACGACUGGGCCCGCCAAAGCUGGCAAGAUGUGCCUGACGAGCGAGUCCAGAAGCUGGGGGCCGGAGUCGUUCUUAGGCUCGGAGAUCUAGUAGAACAGAUUUCUAAAAUGUUGGAGGGAUGA